CCCUGCAAGGUCGGAGGUGUUUUACGACGUUUAAGAAGCUACUGGUGGUAGAUAGUAAAACAUAAAGUGAGGAGGAGAUAGUGUGAACAUCGCAGACAUGGAUUUAAAGUGUUUUUUGUCGCUCUUUUUAAUUUUCUGCUGCUUUUCUGCCUCAAAUGCUACACCAGGCAAAAAAGGACGGGGGUUCAUCGGGGUUGUGGACCCUAUAAACUCAGACCUAGUUACUGUGGACAAGGCAGCAUCCGACACACUGAAGAGCGGCCUCACCACAGUCUUCCUCCCAAUUAUCUACAUUAUCGUAUUUGUAGUGGGGCUGCCUGCCAAUGGCAUUGCUGUCUGGGUGUUUCUCUUCAGAUCAAAGAAGCACCCAUCAUCGAUCUACAUGGCCAACCUGGCUCUGGCAGACCUGCUCUUUGUCAUUUGGACGCCCCUAAAGAUUGCCUACCAUUUUAAUGGCAAUGACUGGAUUUACGGGGAACCGCUGUGCAAAGUCCUGGUGGGCUUCUUCUACGGGAACAUGUAUUGCUCCAUUCUGUUCAUCGCCUGCCUCAGCGUGCAGAGGUACUGGGUCGUGGCUCACCCUCUAUCCCAGCAAAGGAAGAACAACAAACUGGCUGUUGGUGUCUGUGUGGUCAUAUGGGCUUUCAUUUGGCUCACCACGACGCCUCUGUACCUGUACAACCACACCGCCAAGCUCAAAGACCCCAACAUCACCACUUGCCACGACGUCAACAUCAUCAAAGAUACCCUCAAUCCGUUCCCUUCUGUCCAGCUCCCAUACUACUACUUCAUCUUCAUGGGUAUGGUUGUGUUCCUCGUGCCUUGUAUUGUGAUCAUCGUGGCCUAUAUUCUGUUGCUCAAGACCCUCGGGAAUAGCAUGGACGACAGCACGGCAGGUAAGAACCGUCAGAAAGCUGUGAUGUUGAUCGUGACCGUCCUGGUGACCUUCCUAGUGUGUUUCAUCCCGAGCAACAUCAUGCUGGUGUUGCAUUACUCUCUGCUAAAGGAUGGAGUGGUGAAUAAUGGUUAUGCCUUCUACGUCACCACGUUGUGCCUUGCCAGCCUCAACAGUUGCUUGGACCCGUUCAUCUACUACUUUGUGUCUGAGGACUUCAGAAACCACGUGAAGAACACGUUCCUGUGCAGGAGCAACAGAACUGUAGAGAGGAUGAGAGUUUCUUUCAGUUCCAUGAAAUACUCCAGGAAGAGUAAAACAUACUUAUCGGAUACUGGGACCACUCAGAGCAGUAGCUGCUAG